CGAUAUAAUUCACACAACUAUGAAAAUGGAUUAUAUUUUAAAAAUAAAUUAAUAAGUAAAUAUGUUCUUUUGUCUUGGAAACAAAUUCGAAUGAGUAAAAGAGAGACAAAAAUAGUGAAAUUAUAAAAUAAUAAUUUUUUUCUAUGAGAUUCACUAAUUACAUUUCCAUAAACUCAAUUCCUAUUAAUUUUAUAUGAUUUUCAAUUCUCAAAAUUUAAACCAAAUAAAAUUCAUUCCCCACCCAUUUUCCAUUCCGAACACAAAAAUUAGAAUUAAAAUUGAAAAUGGAAUUCCAUUUCCAGAAGAAGAAGAAAAUCAAGCUUUAAAGAAAAACCUCUCUAAAUACAACAUUAUUUCUUUUACUUCUAAAAAAGAUGAAAGACUCUCCUAAUUCCUAUUCUUUGCUUCCCCACUCAAAAAGAAACUAGUCUCCCCUUCCUUCUUCUUCCCUCCUCUCCCUUUUCCCCUGCCUAUAUCAACCCAAAACAAGAACAACCCAUCUCCAUUUUCAUCCAAACCAAUUAUGAAAUCUCCAAUCUUUCUCCUCCUCUUCCAUUUCUUCAUCUUCUUCCCCACUUCACACUCCUCCCAACCCACUUGCCCGCCGCUCAAAUGCAGCCCUCAAUCCCCAGAAAUCCACACCCCAUUCCACCUCACAACCCACCACCCUCCCGGCUGCGGCAGGCCAGGCUUCACCCUCUCCUGCAAACACAACACCACCACCAUCACCUUCCCCAGCCACCACCUCAACUUGGCCGUCAAGUCGAUCUCUUACGACGAAAACAGAAUCGACCUCUCGGACCCACGAAGGUGCGUGCACGGCGUCUUCCUCCACCUCGACUUGUCCCUCACCCCGUUUCAGUACGCCUACGUGGUCAAGGAGUUCGAGUACUUGAACUGCUCGGCCAGGCUCCCCGCGGGCUCGUUCGACGAGGUGGCCUGUUUGAGUGGCAGGGAGCAUCAUGUCUACACUGUGGAGGCAGGGGAGAGGUCUUCUUUUGAAGUACUGCCGGAGUUUUGUAGAGUGGUGAAGAGUGUCAGAAUUCCGUUUGGGUAUAGCCCUUACCUUGCUGACGACGAAUUUGGCCUCGGGUUGACUUGGGAAACAGAGUGUGCAGAGGAGGUGUCAAAGGGUUUCUUAGCGAACAGCUUAGUGGGAAGUGCCUUGUGUGACAAGUUGUUGAAGCUUGGGAUAUUAUGCUUGGUGGCGGUAACGUUGCUGUUGAGCUUGAAGAUGUAUCAUACAAACAGAGAGGAGAAGUUGGUGAAUGAGAGAAGCCAUCUUUUUUUUUUUUCUAGUUGAGUCACUCAAAGGUCGAGGAGACGAGGAGUCUUCAGCCUAAAGGACUGCUGAGUUUUGAUAUAUGUCAUCAAAGAAAUAGGACCUUUAGUACUUGGUACAAAGUUUGCAGCUGAUGACAUAUGAUUGACAAAUUUUGGAAAGAGGUUAUGAAAAUCAUAGGCAAAAAACCAGUUAUGUCGUC